AUGGACUGCGGCAGCAUCCGUGGAAUUGCAGAUGAGGCGGAUUGCGGAAUCGCUGGUUUCGUAAACUGGGAACUGAAGCCUAUUGGCGGGGCCUUGAAAAGUUUUCCAGAAGAUUUUGUCGUCAAAGAGCUUCCGCUUCUGGAGCCGGAGUCUGGCGACGAAGGCGAAGAGGAGAAACCUUUCCUUCGCUUCCGCCUCAAGAAGCGUGGCCUGGACACACUGGAGGCGGUGGACGCGCUGGCCUCCGCAUGCCACAUACCUCCGCAUAGGUUUGGUUUUGCCGGAAUCAAGGACUCCUUCGCAGUUACCACUCAGGAGCUCACUGUGCCACGUCACCUGAUCACGGAGGCUGGCUUGCGCAAAGCAGCCGCGAACCUGCCUGGUUUACGGGUUGGUCGUGUGCGACGCAGCCGCCAACCGUUAGUGCCGGGACGCUUGAGAGGCAAUCGCUUUAUUCUUAGAGUGCGUGGAAUCCGAGCCAAUGCUGACGAGGUGAAAGCGGCGGUUGAGUCGCUCCAGACGCAAGGCUUCAUCAACUAUGUUGGCAUGCAACGGUUUGGCAAGGGCGGUGUGCGAAGCGACCUGCUUGGUUUGGCAUAUCUGCAGGGUGACUACAUCCGCUGCGUCGACAUUCUGCUGCGCCAGCGCGGCGCUGAGAAGGGAAGCGCUCGCAUGCCGAGGUGGGCAGAGGUUUACCAGCGCACCAACAGUGCUGAAGCCGCACUUCGCAAACUUCCCGAGGGAAGCUGCUGGGCCGAGCGCCGUCUCCUUCGUGCCCUGCAUCGACGACAGGACCUUGAUGGUGGGACAGCUAUGCCCAAGUGGUCUGAGGAGGAGCCGCUGUCACCUCCAAAAAAACGCAUGCGAUGGGCUGAUGUGGCUCGGGAAGCGUUCCUAGCCUUGCCCAGGACCAUUCGGGCUCUCUACGCGCACUCCUACGUGGACAGGCUGUGGAAUUUGGCUGCGACCGAGCGGAGGCAGAUGGGCUUGCGGUUGGUUCAGGGCGAUUGGAUUGAUGAUCCAGCUCAACCAGGAACAUUCAGGCCUGUCAUUUCAGAAGAUGACGUGAGUGCAGAGGCCAAGCAGGCAUCCAUUUUUGACUUGGUGCUUCCGCGGCCGGGCGCAGGAGUCUCCUUGCCUUCGCAUGGUGUUGGGCAUUUUAUGCGGAGCUACCUCGCGUAUGAUGGCCUGGACCCAGAGGAACUGAUGCUCGAGGCCGCGCAUACGGAUGAUCCCAUGUAUCUCACUGGCUGCAUGCGGCGUGUGCUGGUACGACCAGGACAGUUAAGUUGGUACCUGGAGCCAAACUUGGGCACUCCGGACUCAGAUUGGCCGGACCAACCGGGGACGAAGGUGAGCCGUGCAACAAACUGCUUCAGUCGAGUUCGUGCAAAGCACGACCUAGACGGGUCGAAGUCUCUGGUACUGGAUUUUCAUUUGGGACCUGGCCAGUAUGCCACGAUGGCUAUGCGUGAGGUGAUGCGUCCACGGCCUCCAAAGGCACCCCCACGUCACACGUUCUUCAGCGACACUGAGGAGGAGACGCAAAGCAUGGGACAGUGCCGACAAGCGCAAGCCA